AUGGCUCCGGACGUUUAUUUUGAAGGUCCUGGAUGCCAAAGAACGGCUCCGGACGUUUAUUUCAAAGGUCCUGGACGCCAAAGAACGGCUCUGGACAUUUAUUUCGAAGGUCGUGUCGUAGUUAUGGCGAGCCAGUCUUCUAUCAGUUGCAAGCUUUGUUUUAGAGCUUUUAUGACUUAUCAAAAAUUGCUUAUUCACAAAAGAAAUAAACAUUCACAUAACAAAACAAUACCCCACUUUUGUUCGCUUCCCCAACCCUCUUCGGAACAAAUGUCUUACUAUAUUAACUCUUUUAUUGUUCUUAUUAAAAAAAAACUUGGAUUUUCCCGUCAUGCUAUUGGGAAAAAACGUUUUUCUAUCGAAACUUUCCCAGAAAAUGUGUUUGUAUAUCUUUUUAAAAAUGAAGAAAAGUUUAAAUAUAGUCCUGCUAAACACAAAUAUCAAUGUUGUUUUGAAGGAUUCGCAGGAGCAGCUAAACUUAAGGAAAUAUUUCACUAUGAUCAUUGGAAUUUCCGACAGAAUCCCUUUACUAAUACUAAGGGUUAUGUUUUACUUGAGGAUUAUGAAAAUACGUAUCAAGUCAAAUUUAUGUGGAAUCAAACGACAUUAUCAGAGAAUAACAGAGAGUUCACGUUGGGAAGAAUGACCUGUAAUUUCAUUACUGAUUCUGGAGAAUUUCAGGAAAAUAAUGAGAAACAAAUAGCAACAUUGAAUAAUCAAAAAUCACCUGAAGAAUCUAUUAAAGGAAAGUUUUGUUAUAUUUUACCGUGA